AUGCAGCCAGAAGACAACAGGGAAGCAGCGAAAGAGGAGAGUAAGCCAUUGGUGGAUGACAAAGACGAUAGCAGCAAUCAAGAAGCAUACAGUGAUUCAUACCCAGGUACCGCUGCUGCCGCUGCUGCUACUACAUCUCAAGCUUCAAUGGUAGAUAAUGCUGAUGGAACUUCACAGAUGUCUGCAGGAAUGAAACCUCUUGAAGUAUGUCUUUACCUCCGAGACCAAACUGUAAUACAUGUCCUCCUGGAUGAUGGUCACCUUGCACAAGCUGAUGAUUUAUUUGAAAUUGUCAAAGAAGAGCAGCAGUUACCUUCUAAUGCCAACAAUAUCUUUUCACUUUGGUUAGUCUCACCACUACUAGAACUCCGCCUCAAGAAAACCCACCGUCCAUAUUAUUUGGUACAGCAAUGGCAUGACUUAUGUUUACGACACACAGAUGCUAGAAUGGAUAUUCAGAAAGACAAUCCAAUGUUGAUGUUUCAAAGAAAUGUGUUUUACUCUAAAGAAGAAGAAAUGCAUUUACAAGAUGAAAGUAUGCUAUCAUUAUUAUACCAUGAAGCCCGUUACAAUGUGCUGGAAGGACGUUAUGUUCUGGAUCGGCAAUACUAUGACCGACUUGCCGCCAUCCAAUUUAUUAUAGAAUAUGGACCUGACAGUAAAAACAAAAAUCCACUUCAAAUUUGCAGGAACCAUCCAGAAAGAUACUAUCCAGAUUUUCUCUGUAAGAAGAGAUGGCAGAUUCCAGGUCUUAGGAAUUCUUCACGUCCAGUAUUAGAGUGUCGAUUUGAACAGGAAUUCCAACAAGUGGAUGAAGAAUUUAGGGAUCAAGAAUCAGACAAAGUUUUUCUCUACAAGAAGUAUCUGGAAAUUUUAUGGUCCUACCCUUUUUAUGGGAGUGCAUUCUUCACUGCAAUGGUUGACCGUCCAUCAAGCAGACUACAGAUGUUGCUUGGCUCACAGCCAGUCCAAGUGUGGGUAUGCAUCAACACAGAGGGAUUGUGCAUCAUUGAGAAAGACAAAGACUUUGUUGAUUUGGCUGUCCCUUUCACUGAGAUGUCAUGGCAGCUACAUGAUAAUGACAUUGAUGAAGACAAACUACCUUCAUUAUUCAUACAAUUCUUGGUAAAAGAUGAAGGGGAAAAUGUUACAAAAUUACUAGAAAUUCACUCAAAACAGGCCAAACUGAUGAAUGCUCUUAUAGAUUCUAUGGUUAAAAGAAAACGCAUGGAGCAACCAUAUCACAGGCAUAGUUUACCCAAUUUUGAUUCUGUUGAUGGUGGAAUUUCAGUUACCUUCAGCAAAAAUCUAAACAAAUUGAAACGUCUCAGUUUGGACACUUACACCACCACAGGUGAGAGACUCAGAUCACUACUGAUUUCUUUUGGCUUACUUUCUCUUUCUCCUCUAUUUCAUCCUUUUCUUUCCUUUUUUCUCUUCUCUUCUCCCAAGCUAAUUUUUUUCUUUCACUUUCUUUUUACCUUUUUUCUUCUCAUUUCUAAAUCAACUCUUUCUCCUAAUUUUCACUUUUCCUAUCUUACUAUUUAUUUUCUUUUUCCUCUUUGUUCUCUUUUUUAUCCCUCUCUUUUCUCUAAGACUUUUCUCUUUCUAUGUCUUACUCUUUCUUUCUCUUUCUCUGUGUUUUAUAUCUCUUCAACUCUUUUUUUCCAUUCUCCCUCUUUUGAUUCUUUCUCUCGAAAUCUCUCAUCGUUCUUUCUCUCCACUUCUCUUCUUUGUCUGACCUUCUUUUUCUUUUCUAUUCCGUUCUCUUUUUCCUUUUAUUCUUCUUCAACUCUUUCUCUUUUCUUUAUUUUCUAUUCUCUUUUUCUUUUUUCUCAAACUCUUUUUCUCUUCCUUCUUUUUCCUCUAACUUUCUUUCUCCUUUUAUAUUUUCCUUCUAUUCAAACCUCAGUCUAUUUUUCUUUUCCGUUUUUUCUUUUUAACACUUUCUCUCUCCUUUUUUCUUUUCCUUACUCGCUAACAUAUUCUCUUCUUUUCUCUUUUCUCUUCCGAUUUCUUCCUUUUCUUGCUUUCUCUUCCUAUCUGUAUCGUCUCCCCUUUACAUCUUUCUCUUUCCUUACUCUCCAUCACCUUAUCUUUUUCUCUUUCUAUUUCUCUCAUCUUCUCCUUUACUCUCCUUUCUAUCCUACACGUUUUCUCACUGUCAUUCUUGUCUACCCAUUUCUCCGUCCUCCUUUUCCUGUCUCUCCAACAUGUCCUCUUCUUUUCUCUUCCUAUUUCUAUCAUUCACUUUCUCCUUGCUUUAUCUCUUUUUUCUCUUCCUACCUUUUUCAUAUCCAUCUUUCUCCUUUUUCUUUCUUUCUCUCCAACUCUUUCUAUACUUUUCUGUAUCCUUUUAUUCUUUUUUCUUCCAACACAAUCUCUCUCUCUCUUUUUCUUGUCUCUAUCUUUAUUGCCAUUAUUAUGAAGGCCUUUAUCAUUUUCUUUCUCUUUCCUACCUUCUUUCAUCUUUGCACUUACUUUUUAUUCUUUUCUCUUUUCAUUACGUUCUUCCUCCAUUGUCUUUUUUUUUUCUCUUCUGUGCACAUUUUCUCUCUUGCUCUUUUGUUUUCUUUCUCUUCUAUUUUCCUCUUUCUCUUUCCUAACUUUUCUCUUUCUUUCCUCUCUUUUUCCUUCUUUUCUCUUUUUUCCACUUUUUUUUAUCUCUCUUUCCUUCUUCUUCACUUUUUAUUUUUUUCUCUUUCCUUUUUUCUUUUCCUUUUUUUUCUCCUUUCCGCACUUUUCCUUCUCUCUUCUUUUCCUUUUUCUAUCUUUCCUUUCGACUUAUUCUCUUUUUUGUCUCUUUCUUUUGACCUUUUUAACUUUCCCCUAUUUCUUGUUGUUUUUCUCUUUCAUUUUUCCUGUAUUUUCUUUUUUUUCUUUUCUCCUUUAUCUCUUCUUUUUUUCUCUUGUUUUCAUUUUUCUCUAAUUUUUCUUUCCUCACUUUUCUUUCUGCUUCCAUUUUUCUCUUUUUUUCUUAUUUCCUCCUUUAUUGUCUUUUUUUUGAUUCAUCACUUGCUCUUUCUUUUCUUUCUGUUUCUUUUCUUUUUUUUAUAUUUUUUUCUCUUUCUUUUAUUCUCGCUGGUCCCGUGGCAUAGCAACGUGGACGCGCACGGCGCACGCGGAAAAAUCACAACUCCAUAUAUGGCUGGACUUGUUCAUUCAACUCUCUUUUCGAGUGUUCAGCAAUGCGCACUUCUUUCAUUGGGUGAAAUGAUCUAUCUAUCUAUCUAUCUAUCUAUCUAUCUAUCUAUCUAUCUAUCUAUCUAUCUAUCUAUCUAUCCCUCUCUCUCUCCCUCUCUCUCUAUAUAUAUAUAUAUAUAUAUAUAUAUAUAUAUAUAUAUAUAUAAUUUUUAG